AUGCAAGGAGACGAAGUAGAAUUUGAAUUUACACAAGGUUCAUUAGAAACUCCAUCAUUAAUGACUCCAAAUAUUGUUUUACAUGCACCACCAAUCAAAGCAGUAUUCAAUACAAUAAGUGCAAAUAUGUCGACCUCAAAUAAUAUAUCAUCAACGUCUAAUCCAUCAUUAAUAAUAACAACAAGUACAGAAACACAAUUACCUAUAUCAUCAGCGGAUAUAAAAGUAUCAGAAAUUGAAGAUAAACUUAAACAAAGUUUUAGUGAACCACGUAAACCAACACCAUCACCAUUUCAAAAAAUUUCAUCAAAUAAUAAUGUUUUUAUUUUGGAUAAACCUUCUUCUAUCAUAACUAAUGAUGAUGGAACAACAAUUGAAAUACCUUCAACAGCCGAUGUUGUUAAAGAAUUAGAAGCACUUACAAAUGUAAAUCCAUUACAAUUUCAAGUAAAAGCAUUAGUUAAUGCUAAUCAAGAACGUGAAACAACUUCAUCAACUAUGAACGGUGAUAAUAUUCGUUAUGAUUCACCUCCAACAUCAAAUAUGGGUAUUGUAUCACCAAAAAAAAAAUUUCUUAUACGAAGUCAAUCCCAUACUGAACCUGUGUCACCAAUAUCAAAUAAUAAUAAUCAUAAUAAUAAUAAUAAUAAUAUAUCUCAAUCUCAAAAAUCCAAUCAUGAUAAUAGUAUUAUAAAUAUACAAAAUGGUUUUGAUGAUGAAAAUUCAAUAGAUGAUUCUGUUACUAAUCAUUUUACACGAACAAAUGAUUUAUCAACAAUAACACAUUCUAAUGAUAUAAAUAUUGAUAAUAAUCAACAAUUUAAACCUAUUAUUGAUAAUGGACAUGAACGUCAUCUAAAUAUACAAUUAAAACCUGAACAAAAUAUAAUAUCUCAUCCAAUUAUUAAACAACAAACAAUUGUAAUUAAUUCUAUUAAUAAUAAUAAUAAACGAACGGUUCAAUCGACUACUAUUGGUAAUAAUAUUCCAUCAUUAACAAAAUCAAAUACAACUAUCAUAUCACAACCAACAUUAAAUGAAGUAACAUCAACUGAUCAAUCAUCAACUGCAAAACGACAACGAACAGUUCCAAUACCAAUACCUACAUCAGUUAUGAAUUUUCGUUCAUCUUUUCCAUCAUCAUCAACAACAACAACAACAGCAACAACAAAUACAUUAACAUCAACUACAACAACGAAUGGUAAUAGUGGAUCUGAUGAUCAACGUAAAAAACAAAUUCGUGAUAGUAAUCGUGAAGCAGCACGACGUUGUCGAGAACGUCGUCGACAAUAUAUUGAAACACUUGAAGGAAAUUUAGAACAACAUAAAGCACAAAUAAAACAAUUAAGUGAUAAAUUAGCUCGUGUUGAACGUGAAAAUACACAAUUACGAGCUAUACUUUCUGAAACAAAAAUUCUUCAUCAAGCACAACGUAUUUCAGCGAAUGAUUCACAUGUUGAGUAUGCUAAUGUUGUUGCAGCAACUGGAAUGAAUAUGAAUUCUGAAUCAAAUCAUCAAAUUGAUGGAAGAACAAUACAAAGAAGUUAUAUUGAUAGAAAUAAUCUUUAG